AGCUGCUGCUCUGCAGUUUGUUGUUUUUGCAGAAGAUGCUCACUUUCAUGAUCUUGUGCUACAUUUGGUUUCUGCAAACUUUUCUGAUCUGCUGCGAUGAAAACCCCACAGUGAUGCGGUUUUCAGUCCCAAAGGAUCACCAGGUCUGUCUGCGGUGUGGCGGCUCUGACCGGUCCCAUGUGGUCUGGACUCUUCAGGACAGACAGGUCCUGGUGACCAGACAGGGCAGCUACGUGACCAACGAGGACCGGCAACGCUACCUCCUGCAGCCUGACGGAGGCCUCUGUGUGCUGCAGCUCGACGACUCUGAUAACGGGGAGUAUCGCUGUAACCAGCUGCUGGUGGCCGAGCUGCAGGUGCUGACAGGUACAGAUCAUGAUUUCAUGGUCUCUGCAGGCAGGACGCUGCUGCUUCCCUGCAGCCGCUCACACAAACUCAAGCAGAGGUGGUUUCACCAGAGGAAAGGAGGGAGGCGGGAGGCCAUCUUCACACUGUUCAGAAACGGGACGGCGAAAGCAGAGAGGGAGGGCAGCCGGCUCAGCUUCAAGAACAAAUCCCUGCAGAUCCAGGACCUGCAGCCAGAGGACGCUGGAGAGUAUCAGUGUAACGGAAAGCUGCAGGGCAAUGUCACCGUCCUCACAGUGCAAAAUGAGCCAACCAGCAUCCAGACAUCCAACAGUACACCUCUGACAUCUGCUGUGGGGAUAACAGAUGUGGUUGAACUAAAGAAGAAGGAGAAGAAGAGAACUGAGAAUGCUGUAUUGAUGGUCGCUGUCGUCGGUUUGGGGCUAAUGAUCCUCCUCAUGACUGCCGUCUGCAUUUUACUGACCUGCAUGAAGUGCAGGAGGAAGAGGAAAUAUAGAUAUGAAGCAGAAGCACAGAGACACGAGGACACAGAGCUGCAGCCGUGGAAGACGUCCAGCAACAGACCGGCUGAGCGUGAGGUGUCGGAGAGUCCGUCCCUGCCGGAGGAGACGAUCCACUACGCCUCUCUGGGCCAUCAGAACUGGAGGGAGAGACCCAGCAGGACUCCACCAGACCAAGACCUGCACCACGUUAUCUACUCUUCUGUCAUCACCAGACCUGCUGUUAAAUAGACUCCAAACAGAGACACACUUCGAGUUUGUGCAGCCCUAAAGUAAAUACUCACUGUAUGUAUACCAACGUGAUUAAAUACUGA